AUGCCUUUCCACGCAACAGUCCUCUACCCUAACGACGACGAUGCAACCUUCGACAUGGGCUACUACCUCAAGACACACAUGCCCUUGGUGAUGGAGCGGUUCGGCAAGCACGGUCUCAAGAGAUGGGAAGUGCUCCAGUACAAGGAAGCGGACGGGCAGAAGCCCAAAUUUAGCGUUGGCGCGACCUUGAUAUUCGACACCCCCGAUCAACUGCGCGCGGCAAUGGGUUCGGAGGACGCGGGCCCCGUCUUUGACGAUGUCAAGAACUUCAGCAACAAGGGGCCAAUCUUCCUCCCUGGAGAGCUUGUCGCGACGUCUUGA